AUGAAGCCUUUUGUUUCUCUCAGCUCUAAGGCCACAUUGCUUUUCAUGCUCAUCGCGCUUCUGGUGCAGACCCAAGUGGAUGAAUCUCAGGCACAGAGCUGCUCGGCUGAUCUCGGUAACCUCAACGUGUGUGCACCCUUUGUGGUGCCUAGUGCCAAUAAUACCAAUCCCUCCCAUGACUGCUGUGGUGCACUCCAAGCCGUGAACCAUGAGUGCCUUUGCAACACCAUCAGGAUCGCUGCUCGCCUUCCUGCUCAGUGCAACCUCCCUCCCAUCACUUGUGAUGCAGGAAAUUGA